UUUACGACGGCGGAAAAUCUGAAAUUGAUAUGGGUAAUGCAAUCAAGAAAUUGGGUUGGAAACGAUCUAAUUUUGUAAUAUCCACAAAAAUCUUUUGGGGUGGAAAAAGUCCAAAUGACCGAGGAUUAUCUAGAAAACAUAUUAUUGAGGGGUUAAACGCGUCUCUGAAAAGAUUAGAGUUGGAUUAUGUUGACAUUGUAUAUGCUCAUAGACCAGACCCUGAUACCCCAAUGGCAGAACUAGUUCGCGCUUUCAACUAUUUAAUUAACCAAGGAAAAGCGUUCUAUUGGGGAACUUCUGAAUGGGCAGCUCAUCAAAUAGUAGAAGCUUAUGAACAUGAAUAUACUUCUUUAUUUAAAGAAUUCAAAAUGGGUGCUGCAGUCUGGUCACCUCUUGCCGGCGGUAUCUUGACGGGCAAACAUAAUGAAAAAAUAGCUGAAGAUUCUCGAUUAGCGUUACAAGACAAUGUUGUUAUGCAGCGAUUAAGGGAUGGAUUGUUAAGCGAAGAGGGCAGAAUCAAGAUAGAAAAAAUAAAAAAAUUAAAG